CAAAACAUAAUUGUGAGUUUCCAAAAUAGAAACACAUAGUUUCCAUUUAGUUUUCAAAUUGAUUUUUUCUAAAAAACGAGUUUCAAUGAAUUUUUGCGAGUUUUCUGAGAGAUUCCGAUUCCAAAACGUUUCCGAAACGUAAAACGGACCUUCAACCAGGUUUCCAUUUUUACUUUUGAUCAAGAAAACUUAUUAUCUAACGAUUAUUAUUUGAGCCCAAGCCCAACAAAAGGUCCACGAAAGAAAAUAUAACCCAAAGUUGAUGGCUGAGCUGCAGAGAAGAAGAUGAAGCAACCGGCGACACCGAACGCGGCGGAGGAAACCAGAGCAGAACAAAACCAGGCCGGAGCAAAGCAUAAACCCAAGAAACUCCCAACAGCAGCGGAGCUAAUCUCUCACUACCAGAAACGGGGGCUCGAGCCAGCCGAAGCCUCGGUCGAGGUCAUCGAAGACUUACAAAACGCGCUCGUCCGAGUCGUUUCGUCCUCCAAGAGCAACGCCCCCAGUAAGGACAAUCUUUUAACCGACGCGAGGAAAAUCGACGCCAUCAACGGAAGGCUCGCCGUCGUCGACGCCAAGCUGGAGACGAAGCCUGGAUACGUUGAGACUUUCGUGUUGGGUUUAGCUUCUGGUGCAGCACUUAACGGGAUUAACGCCGUCUUGCCUCACGUUACCAGAGGCAUCGGUCAGGUUUGGUCCGCCGUUAAAAGUGGGACAGAUCCGUCAUCGGCUUCUUGAAUUGGUUAGAGAGGAAUAUCGGCGACUUCAGUUUUUUUUUUCUACUGUUUUUUUUUGAGUUUGUAGUUAAUAGUUAGUUGAAAGGUUUCCCAGCUUUCAGACAUAGGAGCAUUUGAGACAGAACAUCAGCUAUGAAGAGAUGUAUGUAAUGAAAUUUGUAUGCAUUUGUUCGCUUUUGGCGGGUUUAUCUGGGUGUGACUGCUUCUAAUUGAACUUGGGGACUAUGGUCUCUUUUUGGAGGUUUGGGCUUACGCUGCUGUUUCUCAGGCUCAGUAACAUUGUUGGGAUGGUUCCUUCUUUUUUCUCGCCGAACAUGACGUUGUAUGUUCCAUCAGGAGCAGAGUGAGUGUAACUCUUACAGUGGAUAACACCAAAAUGCGAAACCGCUGCUACUUUGAGACCCAAGUGCUCUUGAGAAAGCAAAACCGCAAGCUCACGUUUGCGGUUACUAGGAGUAACGAUGCCAUGCCAAUCCUUGCAGCCACAAAUUCAAAGAGGGAACUGUCGGCAUAGAACAUUUUCAUUUGAUUAGUACAGACUACAUUCUACACA